AGGAAGUAGCUCCGGACCCACCUUCGGUCGUCGUUUUCUCCCCAUGUUCAGAUUUCAGUAGCUGACUCUUUUCCUUUACGGUAAAUUACUGUACAAAAUUCAGCUUUCUCUUCCCUUCCUCGGAAGCUUCAGAAGCUUCUUUCAACUUUACUCUUGUUAGAUCAGCGAUAAUAACUUCCACAUAUAUUUCCUUUUCAUUUUACGAAUUCUCCUGAAGUUCUGUAAUUAAAUUAGGAUUCUGUGCUGUUUAAGCAUCUUUAAUUGUGGGCUGUCCCCAAUUAACUAAAAAUCGUUUCUUUGUUCUGGGUUCUUACUUUCUAUUCAAAUUUUGGUUCCAAAAGUAUUUUUGAUUCCUGGGGAUCUUUAGCUUUUGGAAUCAGAAUGGUUUACCACGAAAUUCAUUCAUGGACUUUAGGUGGUCUUGUAAGAACUUUUCUUGACUUAGCUCUUGCUUAUUUCCUUCUUUGGGUAUCAACUUUUGCAUUUUUCUUCUCGAACUUCUUGAAUUUUUUCGGGUUUCUAUUGCCAUGUCCAUGUACUGGGUUUCUGGGCUAUCAAAAUAGCAAUUUGUGCUUAUGUAAGCUGCUUUUUGAAUGGCCAAUUAGAAAGAUCUACUCUGUUCUGAAUUUGGUGUGUGGAAGGUUUCCUUUUGACUUGGUUUGGUUCGGGGAUCAAGAGGGCAAUUUGAAUAUGAAGUCUUUAACAGAUGGGAGAAUUGAGAAUGGGGUUUUUGAAUUGGAGUACGGAGGGUGUUCUAAUUCCUCUUCAGGUUUAAGAUUGCAAAACUUGGUUGGUAAGGAAAGCGGGUAUGAUGCCAAGGGAAAGAAAAUUAUGAACCAGAAGCAAAAGUCUCGAAUUCAGCGACGAAGAAGAGCUUCUCUGGGAUGUGGGAAAUCCUCUUCUGCAUUAACUUAUGAUGGUAGUGAAAUUAGAAGCAAAACUAGUUCAAGUUUAGGUCCUGUGAGCGAAAUAGAAGAUUGGUUACCUGGUGAUGCUCAAACAGGCACUGAUGUGGGUGAGACAUCCUGGCAUGGUUUUCAACUUAGUGGAUCAUGUGGGGAGGAUGAUAAAGUGGAAAAGCAUUUAUCUUCUCAUAAAAGAUUCUCCAGUAACACUCAAGAGAAGGUGGAGGUUGCUGCUAAUGAAGCAGAUCGAAUCAGAUUGUUGGAAAAGGCUCUUCAAGAAGUAAAAGCUGCUCAUGGUGCAGUCUUUCUAGAGCUAGAGAAGGAAAGGGCUGCAGCUGCAACUGCUGCUGUUGAAGCCAUGGCGAUGAUUGUGCGUCUACAAGAGGAUAAGGCAUCAAUAGAAAUGGAAGCAAGGCAAUAUCAGAGGCUGAUAGAAGAAAAAUUUGCAUAUGAUGAAGAAGAGAUGAGCAUUUUGAAAGAGAUUCUUGUUAGGAAGGAAAAGGAAAAUCAUCUUUUGGAGAAAGAGGUUGAAGCCUACAGGCAGAUGAAUGUUUUAAGAGAUGAGGAUUCACCUCCAAUAAUGCUGCAGCAAAUAAGAAGUGGUGGAUCCUUUGACAAAAAGGAAGUGGAUAAAGAUGCAAGUUGGUCUUCAGAUCAUGAUGCUCCAUCUGCUUGGAAACAAAGCUAUAUUUCCCUUGUUGGAAAAGAAAUAGCAUCAAUGAAUCAUGAUGUAGAUUCUAAUUUGUUCACUUCACAAGGAUUAGCACGGAUUUGUGGGGCAAGUUCAGAUAGAUCUAUCUUCUCUCAUUCUGAAAACAGUAUGCCCGAGAAGCAUAUUGUUGUAGAAGGAAAAGGGGAUGCACAGGUUGAAAAUAGCAUGUUAUGCCAAAGAAAGUCUGUGAAGGCAGUCCAGGGUGGUGGCACUGAAAAAUGUCUAUUUAGUGUGGAAGGGUUGGAGGAAAUUGAGGAGCUCAGAGAUCAACCAUGCAGCAAGCUGCAAAGUUCUACAGUUGAUAUGGAACCAACUAUUUAUGAUGUUCAUGUAAUUGAUGAUCAAAUUGAACAUCAAAAGGAAGCGGACAUAAGAGAAAGUGGCCUGUUGAUUUCUGCUUCCAAUGAAAGAACCUUGCUUUCUAACUUGAGCGGGGAUUCUUCUUUCAUCGUCAGGAAUGAACGGUUAAGGAUUGACAUGGAAAUAGAAUGGCUAAGGGAAAAGCUCCAAAGAGUGCAAGAGCAAAGGGAGAAGUUGACUUUUUGUGCAGAUCAGAAGGAAAGGGUGAAUGCUCAAUUGAAACUUAUGGAGGAGAUAAUGAACAAACUUCAUGAGCUUCAGCUGCAAAGGGAACCUGUUCGACAGGUUUCUUUACCUCUGUCAUCAUCUUCUAAGGCAAGCUCAAAUAAAAGACGCUGCAGAAGCAUGUCUGACGAAGCCCAUGACAGCGCCUAAGUCAUGUACAGUCAGUAUCAUCAGGUUUGCACCCUUAUUUCCUAUAGCUUAUAAAUUUGUUGGUAAAUUUUGUAGGCUCCAGCAGAGCUAGUUGCCUGUAAUUAUCUUGUUGUUGGAAGUUUGUUCUCUGUUUUAAUAUUUUAAGUAACUUUUGAUUAAAAGGUAGCUUCAAUAAAAGCUGUUUCCAGGCAUUGCCCCCUCCAGAGUACAUACCAUCAUUUGUUCUCGUGUGUGCAAGGAAAAUUGUUCUUAGAGCCUGCAAUCGAAUACAAUACUGAUUUCCAU